UGUACUAGGGAUUUACAGAGACUCUCAAUAGGACCUCACAGGGAAACAUUCAGCGGCCAGCCGUCACUGAGGAGACACUGAGAAAGACCUGUGCCCUGCAGAGGACAAUGAUGUACCUGAAUUCCUUUAAUCCGGAUGCCUAUAUAUGCGACAAGGCGAAGGAGCUAAGAUCGUCCAUUGGCACCUUAAUUCACAAAGUAGAUGUGGGGCACAAGCUCGUGCCCUCCAGCUUCUGCAAGAAGAAAGACAAUCACAGAAACUGCAUGAAAGAAGCCAUGAAAUGGAAAGAAUCCUUCACCCAGCUGCUUAAUAGUAAAGAUGGGCUGUCAGCCUUUCGCACCUUCCUCAAGACAGAAUUCAGCGAGGAGAACUUGGAGUUCUGGAUAGCCUGUGAAGACUACAAAAAGACGCCUUCAGCGAACAAACUUCCUGGCAAGGCUCAGUGCAUAUUUCAGGAAUUCCUCCAGACUGGAGCCCCUCGAGAGGUCAAUAUCGAUCACCAGACCAGAGAAUUCACUCGUCAGCAAGUAGAGGUCUCCUGCCGCGGCUGUUUUGACGCAGCGCAAGAACAAACUAGAACACUAAUGGAGAAGGACUCCUACCCUCGCUUUCUAAAAUCCCCCCAGUACCAGCAACUACUGACACAGUCAACUUUUAGGAAAUUAAAAUUAUCCUUCACAUGAAGGGGGACGAACAACGCAACGGAAGUGACAUCACAGAGAUACUGAGCUCAGAUUGACCUAGAGUCUUGGUACAUGAAAUCAUCCCAUACCACGCAUUUUGGACACUGGGUAUUGUACUGAAGUUUGAAGGCUUCCAAGUAGAGUCUACUGUGUUGGUGACCCAAGCAGGAGAAGACAAUGAACCCAACGGUUCUCGGAAUCCCGCGCCUCCUAGUUCUUAUCCAUGAUCCUCCAUGACGGACGGUGCUCACAACGCCAUCCUGUAUUUGCACCUGGGAUAUUUGCAGGACUGACUCCAUCUUCUCCCGGAGACUUGAAGUCUCCUUUUGAUCCCUAUCUUUUGUGUUCAUGCAUGUACAUUGUGUCUGGACUGCUAAGUGCCACAGCGGUAGUUUUAAAAAAAAACUUUUUUCCUAGAGCCAGGAAGGAAAAUGUUAUUGAGUAAUUGGUCAGUCACCUGGAAAUGGUUUUCACCUGGGACUCGGCAGAGGCCAAGUAUUUUAGCUGCUUCCAGUAGUAAUAAUGCUAUCCACCGACUGCGGAGAGAACAAUGGAAGGAAAUCGGAAACAAUGUAUAAUGGCUGACAUAUUCCUGGCCGCAGUUUUUCGGCAAACAGGAAUCAGAGACACUUGUUGAACUUGUAUGGCGUGUGGGCAGCAAACCUGUGCCUCUACAUCUGUACCUAUGGAUAUGUGGUAUUUCUGGGAAAUACAUUUCUAUCACUAUGUUUAUUUAAUUUUAAUAAAGUUCUAAGUUAAAUUUUUUAUAGAA